UCACAAUCUUGUCAAUUUCAUUCCCUCAAACCGAUACCAUCAUAGACGCAUCCUGUCUAAAAAGCUUGGUACUUGGGAAUUGACGACGCUUUUUGCAACCUUCAUUUAAUCGUCCCGAACAAUCAGUCGGACGAGUCUAAUACGCUCUUUUAAUCUCUUUUUUUUUGCUUCUCAUUUCGCUUCGUUGUUGUCCUUAUCACACGAACAACUACCGACCGACGCGUUUCCGCUUGACUUGUCAAGUGCCAUCAAUAACACGACCGUAUCAUCAGAAAUCUCGUUGAGAUGUCUUACGGCGGUGGUGGCUACGGCGGUCGCAACGGCGGCGGUUACGGUGGUGGUCGCGAUGGUGGUUACUCGAACGGACACGGCUCCCACGGCGGUGGCUACGGCGGCGGUGGCGGCGGUGGCUAUGGAGGUGGUGGUGGUGGUUACGGCGGCGGCGGCGGCGGCGGCUUCGGAGGUGGUGGUGACCGCAUGUCUAACCUAGGCGCAGGCCUUCAGAAGCAGGACUGGGAUAUCAACGCCCUCCCCAAGUUCGAGAAGCACUUCUACAAGGAGCACCCCGAUGUCACCAACAGGUCGCAGGCCGAGGUUGACAAGUUCCGUCGCGAGCACUCUAUGGCCGUGCAGGGUAGCGAUGUGCCCAAGCCUGUCGAGACGUUCGACGAGGCUGGCUUCCCGCGCUACGUAAUGGACGAGGUCAAGGCGCAGGGCUUCCCUGCACCCACUGCCAUUCAGUCUCAGGGCUGGCCCAUGGCUUUGAGUGGUCGUGAUGUCGUUGGUAUCGCUGAGACGGGAUCGGGCAAGACUCUUACGUAUUGUCUUCCCGCCAUCGUGCACAUCAACGCUCAGCCGCUCUUGGCACCCGGUGACGGACCCAUCGUCCUGAUCCUUGCCCCCACUCGAGAGCUCGCUGUUCAGAUCCAGGCUGAAAUCAGCAAGUUCGGAAAGUCGUCGCGCAUUAGAAACACGUGCGUCUACGGUGGUGUGCCCAAGGGCCCCCAAAUCCGUGACUUGUCUCGUGGCGUCGAGGUCUGCAUUGCAACCCCCGGUCGUCUGAUUGACAUGCUCGAGUCUGGCAAGACCAACUUGCGCCGGGUCACAUACCUCGUCCUCGACGAGGCCGAUCGCAUGCUUGACAUGGGUUUCGAGCCCCAGAUCCGCAAGAUCAUUGGCCAGAUCCGCCCCGAUCGUCAGACUCUGAUGUGGUCGGCUACCUGGCCCAAGGAGGUCCGCAACAUGGCUGCUGACUUCCUGCAAGACUUUAUCCAGGUCAACAUUGGUUCCCUGGAUCUUUCAGCAAACCACCGUAUCACACAGAUUGUGGAAGUUGUGUCAGAGUCUGAGAAGCGUGACCGCAUGAUCAGGCACAUGGAGAAGGUUAUGGACGGAAAGGACAGCAAGAACAAGAUUCUCAUCUUCGUUGGCACAAAGCGUGUUGCAGACGAAAUCACCAGGUUCCUGCGACAGGAUGGCUGGCCCGCGCUUUCGAUCCACGGUGACAAGCAGCAGAACGAGCGUGACUGGGUCCUCGACCAGUUCAAGACGGGCAAGAGCCCCAUCAUGGUUGCCACCGACGUUGCGUCGCGUGGUAUUGACGUGCGCAACAUUACUCAUGUGCUCAACUAUGACUACCCUAACAACUCGGAGGACUACAUCCACCGUAUCGGUCGUACAGGCCGUGCUGGUGCGAAGGGAACCGCAAUUACCUUCUUCACCACUGAGAACUCUAAGCAGGCUCGUGAUCUACUUGGCGUCCUGCAGGAGGCCAAGCAAGAGAUCGACCCUCGUCUUGCAGAGAUGGCCAGGUACGGCGGCGGCGGUGGCGGCGGUAGGUACGGCGGAUACCGCGGCCGCGGCGGUCGCCACCAUGGCGGUGGUGGCCGUGGUGCCAACGACCUGCCCAUGGGAGGUAACCGACGCUGGUAGGACAGCUUGAUUUUUGAUACCCGAGCGAGAUCUUUCGAUCCGUCUCACGGUGACUUACCUUUAUCGCGAAAACCUGCAUGAAUAUUUCCUAUUUUUUUCCUUGGCGGCGUUGUUGUAGAAAAGGGUUAUGGGCUGUUUUAGACGUUUUCCCCAUCAUUGCACGCACGGCACAAAAAGUUUCCUUGGGACUCACUCCUACAUGUAGUUCACACUGGAGACGGUCUUUCUUAUGUUUUAUUCUUCUUAUUUUCUUUCUUUUCUUUUUCGUCUUUCGACGCAACGGCUCCUCAGAUAAACCGGCCCUUGAAUGGCCAUGGUGUGGGGAAGAUGGCAAGUUUGCACUAAGGCCUUGCGAGGCCAUGGUUUGCUGGUAUCGACAUGAUUAAUUUAGAGUGACAGGUACUGGCAUGGACUAAACAGGCCUCAUAAAAUGCAAAUAAGAUAGUUCCCA